AAACUGCUCGUGUACUGCAUAUGCUUACGCUAACUUGAGCAAUGACGGUGCUAUGGCUGAUCCGUCAAGGUGCUUGAUCUGGACUGGUGAGCUUGUCGACAUGGGGAAGCCCAUCAACUACAGCGAGAACCUGUACCUCCGGCUUGCCCACUCUCCUGGUCAAAACAAUAUGCUAAAUAUUGUCCUGCCUACUAUAGCAUGCUUGUUGAUACUCAUAUGCGUAGCACUUUUCAGCAUAUUCAAAUUAAGAGGAAAACAAAGAAAGGAAGAAAUCCAGAGGAGACGGGUGCUAGGAUACUUUAGCUCUUCCAAUGAAUUUGGAGAAGAAAAUAUAGAAUUCCCAUUUGUUAGUUUUGACAAGAUCGGCGCCGCAACAGAUAAUUUCUGCGAUUCCAAGCAAAUCGGAAGAGGAGGUUUUGGCAAAUUUUACAAGGGAAUGCUAGAAGGCGGCAAGGAAGUUGCUAUCAAAAGGCUCAGUGAGGGUUCGUGGCAAGGUGUAGAGGAGUUUAAAAAUGAAUUAGUUCUAUUUGCAAAACUGCAGCACAGAAAUCUAGUUAGACUUCUUGGUUGUUGUAUUCAUGGUGAUGAGAGGUUACUGAUCUAUGGAUACUUACCUAACAAAAGUUUAGAUGCCUCCCUUUUUGAUGCUUCAAGGAAAUAUGUGCUUGAUUGGUUCACACGGUUCAAAAUAAUCAAAGGAGUAGCAAGAGGACUUCUUUAUCUCCACCAAGACUCAAGAUUGAAAAUAAUCCAUAGAGAUCUCAAAGCAAGCAACAUCUUGCUGGAUGUGGAAAUGAAUGCUAAAAUAUCGGAUUUUGGUAUGGCAAGGAUAUUUGAUGGAAAUCAGCAACAUGCAAACACUACCCGGGUUGUUGGGACAUAUGGUUACACGUCGCCGGAAUAUGUGAUGGACGGUGUCUUUUCUGUAAAAUCGGAUAUUUAUAGCUUUGGUGUUCUUCUCUUGGAGAUUGUAAGUGGAUUGAAGAUCAGCUCAUCACAACUUGAAGUGCACUCUUCUAGUCUUACAACUUACGCAUGGAGUUUAUGGAAAGAUGGAAAAGCAAUAGAAUUGGUGGACCCUUGUCUUAUUGAGAGUUGUCCACUUCAUGAAGUUGUACGGUGUAUUCAUGUAGGACUACUGUGUAUUCAAAAUCUUCCAGAUGACAGGCCAUUUAUGUCAUCCAUUAUAUUUCGAAAAGUUUAACGUCCACACGUGUGGGCGUCUGGCAACUCGCCCACACGCAUGGAUCCUCGUCCAACCAAUUCUGCACGAAUCUUGGCGCGUUCUAGCAGUUUUGUGUGCCACGUAGGACUAAGCUGGUGUGUGGGCAUUCAUCCGGUCGCCCACACAUCCUUUUUUCACCACACAGGGGCUGGUGUGUGGACGUUUAGCAAUUCGCCCACACACUAGUUUCACGCACGCAUAGGGGGCUGGUGUAUGGGCGUUUAUCACUUCGCCCACACGCCCGUCUCAUAGCCCACACCCAAAG